ACCAACAGCUCACUGGUCAGCAGCUGCAGUGUAUUGUCUAUCCCGUCUCAGCAACAGCUGAAAGACUUUGGUGACCAGAAGACUGAAGACCGAAGAUCUAACCCCUGAUUGAUACGCAUAACUGUCUGUUUUUGGAUAUGUCCUCCUGAUUGUGUUCUGAAAUGCUGAGCAAAAAGGUACCGGGGUCCGGAAUGUUAACUGGAGCCGCAGGCAUAGACCGAGGACGCGUCGGAGAGCGGCUACAUGCGGCUCUAGCUGGGCUGCAAGAGUUGCAUUUUCUCAAGGAGAAACAAGCCGACAUGGUCCACUGGGCGCUCCGCAUAGAUCGGGAGGAGACGACGGAUCUUUGUCAGUCGAACCCAGUUGAUGCCGAAGAACAGCGAUUAGAAGCGACGUUGACAGCGCUUAAACAACAACUGACACGGCUACGGAGGCAGGAUGUGGGUCUGAAGACUCACCUUCAGCAGCUGGACCAGCAGAUAAGCGAGCUGAAACUAGACGUUUGCAAAGCCUCCACUGAGCACCUUGAGAGCGACAGUCGCCCCAGCUCAGGGUUUUUUGAGCUCAGUGAUGGAGGUUCAGGGUCACUUUCCAACUCCUGCACAUCUGUGUACAGUGCUUGUCUGUCGUCGUCCUCCCAAUCCAACCUCCAGGUCUUCUACACUCCUAACCCUGCCGUGAAUGAUGAUGCAUCUCGUCGUCGGUCAGCUGACGAGCCCACGGCCCAUACAGACCCUCCAAGAGGCACAGGCAUCCGCCUGGGCAGCAGUCGGCUUCGGACGGGCAUGCCCGGCUCGGAGCGUGGCAGACAAAGACCUGUGUCCACAGGUGACCUUGAGAGGAUGAUGACUCCAGGAAUGGGAUACUGCAAAUCUGCUGACAUCAGGACCUCACCUCUGUCCAGCAAUCUGCGCAACAUGAACGCGGACGUCAAAUACCAGAGCAGCUUGGUUUCCCGUGGCGGCACAGAAGUCUACCGCUACCCGAGUCCGCUACACGCGGUGGCCCUCCAAAGCCCUAUUUUCUAUCUCAGCGCCAAUCCGCCUGCAUCUCUGCCAUCAGAAAACCACGAACCACAGGAAGGCACGAUGGCUUCCAGCUCAACUGACCCUGAGGUCAUCAGAGCAAAGCCUGAGACAGCACAAGCCAGACCAGUUGGCUACAUCAACAAGAUCCUUCAACGUAGCACGAGUAAACUCAACAUUCUGAAUGAGAAUGCACCCGCCAUGGAGUCAUUGUCCACCAGCACCCCACACUCUCUAGCUGCUGCUGCCCAGGAUAUGGAGAGUGGCCAACUUGGCAAGAUGCAGACUCCAAUUUUCUUUCAAGAGAGCACCAUGCUGUCAAAUAACUACCUUGGUGGAAAUGACAACUCAAAGAUGCAUUAUCAUCACGGUCAAGGGAAUUGUAUAACCUCUAGUGCAGGCAUAAAUAGCAACAAAAAAGAACCAACUCAGAACUGCCACUCUAACCACACAACCAUCUCAAGGGAAUUAAAAUCAAGCAAGACGGUUUCAAAGGUAGAAGUUGUUGGAUCUCUAACUAGAGAUGGCCCCAAUGGGAACUCAUGUGAACGUAACGCCCAAGAGACAAGGAAACGCUCAAGUUCUAAGCCACCAGAGAGGAGACCCAAGGUUGCCACAGCCUUUGAGGACUACCGUGCUGUUCCCGCUGAGUUUGUCCACGCUCAUUUUGUCCCAGCUGGAACUCAGCAUGUCAAGAUCCAACAGGCAGACAAAAAGACAAAGGCAGUGCGAUUGCGAAAACGGAGUUGUGACAAGCCAAGAGGGUCUAAGCACCUCCAAAAGCAUUCCUCUAGGGAGCGUGAGAGGGAGGCCUCCUCCAAACUACGUGUGGAGAGGAACUCCAAGUCAUCCACCGCAGAAAAGGGGCUUGCAAUGUGCUCUACCUCCGAGUUCAGCAUCCCUAGACACCCGUCUCUUUGUUGCUCGAGUUGUUCGUCUCUGGCUUCAACCAACCAGGCCACCAAAUGUGGCAAAGCCUGCCGACCCUACCAGCCCAGCUUGGAGCACCUCAACCAUGAACAAGGAGAAGGAAAACGGAGGCCGUGUCCUCAGAAGUACCUGUCCGUCUCAGAGGUCCGCUUGUCCCAGUCCACCUCCCACAACCACAGACCCAGAGAGGUUCUCAUCCAGGGGCCUGGCCGGAGCUCAGGGAUGAGGCCGCAGUCUGGACAUUGGGGUGGAGUUGCUGCUGCUGCUGCGCACCGUUCCUCCCUCAGACCCUCCAUCUCCGUCUCCUCCUACUUUAAUCAGAUGGACGCUAGAUACCCUCCGGCCCCCAGCAGAGGCCCCGGCGGUGGUCGCUGCCCCCCGAGAUGCGAGUCGGAGCUGUCGGAGUACUCUGCCGAGUGCGCGUCUCUGUUCCACUCCACCAUCGCCGAGAGCAGCGAGGGCGAGAUCAGCGACUACACCACAAACCGCUUCGGAGACAGCGAGUCCAGCCAGGGGAGCCAGUCGAACUCCGACUCGGACAGUAGCCUCUCCCUGUAUGAGGAUGAGCUAGAGGAAGAGGAGGGCGAAGGGGAGGAAGGGGGACUGGUGUGGGCAGAGGCAGCACUUGGGCCUACGGCCGCGGGGCUUCCUCUACCCCAGGCUGCGCCGUCGGCCUGCCGCAUCAAAGCGUCCCGUGCCCUAAAGAAGAAAAUUCGAAGGUUCCAGCCUGCAUCCCUUAAGGUUAUGACUCUUGUGUAGCAACUGUGCUGAGAUUUGUGUGAUCGGUACAAGCUUUUACGUUUCGUCAAUGUCUGAAGAAAAUGCAAAUGUAAAAAAAAAAAAAUUCUUUAACAAAAUGUAAGACUAUUAUAAUUGAAUCCUCUUGGGGGCUCAGUAAGUAUUACUGUCAAAGUCUCUAACUGUGCUUUGUAAAAUCAUGUCUUUGUAAAUACUGCUUUGCAUUACAUGAACACUGCUUUGCGAUACAUUAAUUAGCAUCAGAAUCAAUUUCAAAAUAAAACAUUAUUUAAC